AUGUUGAGACACUUCACAAAUGGCAAGGAGUUGGUAAGGCAUGCAGUCACCCGAUUUGCCACUUCAUUUCUCUCUUUGGAAAGGCUUUAUGAGGAGAUAGGAAAUAUGAGAAGAAUAUUCACCUCGGAUGAAUGGACAAAGAAUAAGUUGUCAAAGGAGGCAAAUGGGAGGGAGGCAAUAAAGAUUGUUAUCAUGCUCUCCUUUUGGAAUCAUGUCAAGUACACCCUUAAGAUCAUGGGCCCUCUUGUUCGAGUGCUUAGACUUGUUGAUGGGGAGAAGAAGCCACCAAUGGGAUAUAUUUAUGAAGUAAUGGAGAAGGCAAAGGAAUGCAUCAUGAAAGCAUUUCUUAAUGAUGAGAGCAAGUAUAGUGAUGUUUUUAAAAUCAUUGACAACAGAUGGAAUUGCCAACUUCAUCAUCUGUUGCAUGCAGCCGGUCAUUUUCUAAAUCCCGAGUUGUUUUACGACAACUCUCGAAUUGAGCUAGAUUUAGAAGUUACAAAGGGGUGGUUUGAGUGCAUCACUAGAUUGGUGCCAUGUCAAGCUGUGCAACAAAAGAUAUUGGAGGAGCAAGCACUAUACAAGGCUGGCUAUGGACUUUUUGGAUCAGAUUUUGCAAAAUCUCAAGAAAAAAGAUUUCACUCGAUAAGAUUGUUAUAA